AUGGUGGAGACCGCGACUCAAUCGACGAUCGAUUUGAACUCGAGCGACUCGUUGAUGAAGCACGGUUCAACUGUGCUUCACGGUUUCAUUGCAGGGAAACUCGAGGCUGCUAUGAACAAGGCCAUGCCGCAGAUGGAGGUGCGCUUUAAAGAACUCUCGGUAUCUGCAAACGUUGUCAAGUCGAGACAUUCGGAAGACGCGAGGACGCACAUACCCACGCUCUACAACAGCAUAAAAAAGGUGGUCACCAAGGUGAACAGGAACAAGCAUUCAGUCAAGCAAUUCAUCGUCAAGAACGUGAGUGGUGUCUUCAAACCCGGUACCAUGACACUGCUGCUUGGCCAACCCGGUUCUGGCAAGACGUCGCUCAUGAAAGUCCUGAGUGGCCGCUUUCCGCUUGAUAAGAAUGUAACGAUUCGUGGUGAGAUCACGUACAACGGCGUGCCACAGACCGCUCUUCUCAAGCGUUUACCGCAAUUCGUGGCCUACGUGGCACAGCAUGACCAGCACUUUCCGACCUUGACGGUUCAGGAGACUCUUGAGUUUGCCCAUGCCUUUUGUGGUGCAACCUUGUCGAACCGUGGCGAGAAGCUAUUGUCAAGAGGUACUACGAAAGCGACAGCCGAAGCUCUUGUUGUCAUCAAGGCACUGUACGCACAUUACCCGGAAGUUGUAAUGAAGCAGCUUGGCCUGGAAAACUGCAAAGACACGAUCGUAGGCAACGGGAUGUUGCGUGGUGUAUCUGGUGGUGAGCGGAAACGCGUUACCACUGGUGAGAUGGAGUUUGGCUUGCGAUACAUGACGCUGAUGGAUGAAAUUAGUACGGGUCUAGACAGCGCAGCUACGUUUGACAUUAUUAAUACGCAGCGAGGGAUUGCCAAGACGCUCCGGAAAACGAUUGUCAUUGCUCUGCUCCAGCCUGCACCCGAAGUUUUUGCUUUGUUCGACAACGUGAUGGUAAUGAACGAAGGCGAAGUGAUCUAUCACGGUCCUUGUGAGUACGCUCUUGAUUACUUUGAGAGUCUCGGGUUCAAGUGUCCACAGGAUCGUGACAUUGCUGACUUUUUGCUGGACCUCGGAACCAACGAACAGUACAAAUACGAGGAUGAACUCCCUCUCGGUAGAACUCACUUCCCACGUCGAGCAAGCGAGUUUGCUGAGACUUUUCGCAAGUCGAAAGUCUUCACUGACAUGAUACAGACGUUAGAGUCACCACACGAAUCGGAUCUCCUCGGAGAUGUGAGUACUCACAUGAACACGAUGCCAGAGUUUCGUCGGUCGUUUUGGGAACAUACUCGGAUUCUCAUUAAGCGGCAGACGAUCUUGACUGUCCGGAACCGAGCCUUCAUUCGAGGGCGUACCAUUAUGGUGAUCGCCAUGGGACUGAUCUACUCGAGCACGUUCUGGCAGAUCGACCCGACCGAUGUUCAGGUCACAUUGGGCUUGCUGUUUCAAGCAACUUUGUUUGUGGCACUGGGUCAAGUCUCCCAAGUGCCAACAUUUAUAGCAUCCCGUGAAGUGUUUUACAAGCAGCGCAGAGCCAAUUUCUUUCCUACAGCAGCCUACGUACUAGCCUGUUCAGUAGCUCAAGUGCCGUUGGCCCUUGCAGAGAGCGUUGUGUUUGGGACUAUGAUAUAUUGGAUGUGUGGGUUCACUGCAACGAUCGAAGCGUUUGCCUGCUUCUUGAUACUGCUCGUAUUGACGAACCUCGUGUUUGCAGCAUGGUUCUUCUUGGUCACAGCUGUCUCGCCGGACUUUCAUAUCGCGACCCCGUGUUCAACAUUCAGCAUUGCCUUCUUCAUUCUGUUUGCCGGCUUUGUCAUGACAACGAGCACGAUGCCAGGAUGGUUCGUUUGGGUGUAUUGGAUCAACCCCAUUGCCUGGUGCUUGCGUGCACUAGCAGUAAACCAGUAUCGAUCACACGAGCUAGAUGUGUGCGUACACGAAGGCAUUGACUACUGCUCGCAAUUUGGUAAAACCAUGGGGGAAUACUAUCUGAAUCAGUACGACGUACCGUCGUCGAAGAUGUGGCGAUGGUCAGGGAUCGUGUUCAUGCUGUUAUGCUACACGGCGUUCAUGGGUCUCAGUUGUCUCGUGCUCGAACAUUGUCGGUACGAAAGCUUGGAGCAUACGGUCGUCAAGAAGAACAAAGAGGGAGACGAAGAUGUGGGUAUGAAUUACACAUCGGUUGGUACCCCUCAAAACCUGCAAAGCCUGGAGGUCAGCACUGUAUCAACCAGGCGUGCUGCCAUCACUGUCGAUGUACAUGUCCGGGAGCUGAGUUUCGUACCCGUAACGAUCGCGUUUCAAGACUUGUGGUAUUCCGUGCCGCAACCAAAGAACCCGAAGAAGGGUUUAGAUUUACUGAAAGGUGUCAAUGGGUAUGCUAAGCCCGGCACGAUGACGGCAUUAAUGGGAUCCUCGGGUGCAGGCAAGACGACCUUGAUGGACGUCAUCGCUGGCCGGAAAACUGGAGGCACGAUCAAAGGCAAGAUUAUGCUCAACGGGUACGAAGCUACUGACCUCGCAAUACGCCGGUGUACAGGAUACUGUGAACAAAUGGAUAUCCACUCGGAUGCGACGACUAUCCGUGAGGCGCUCACGUUUAGUGCCUUCCUUCGUCAAGAUAGCACCAUCUCCCAUUCGAAGAAGCACGAGUCGGUGAAGGAGUGUCUGGAUCUACUUGGGAUGCAUGACAUAGCUGACCAAAUUGUACGGGGUAGCUCAUUGGAGCAGAUGAAGCGUUUGACCAUCGGCGUUGAAUUGGCGGCCCAGCCAAGUGUGUUGUUUCUUGACGAACCAACGAGUGGUUUGGAUGCUCGGUCGGCCAAGGUCAUUAUGGACGGUGUCCGCAAAGUUGCGAACACAAGACGGACGGUGGUGUGUACAAUUCAUCAACCUUCGUCGGACGUGUUUUACCUGUUUGACCAUUUGCUGUUGCUGAAGCGUGGUGGCGAGACGGUGUUUGUUGGGGAGCUCGGUGCAAAGUGUCAGAAACUGGUCGAGUACUUUGAGGCGAUUCCAGGUGUUGCUCCGCUCCCGGACCGAUACAAUCCAGCAACGUGGAUGCUGGAAUGCAUUGGCGCUGGUGUUGACCAUGCCGUGCAGAAUUCGACUGACUUUGUGCAAACGUUCAGGGAGAGCAAGGAGAAGCGACUUUUGGAUGCUGCGAUGGCAGAAGAAGGAGUGACCAUUCCGUCUCCAGCAUGUCCGGCGAUGGUGUUCCAGAAGAAACGAGCGGCAACGUCGUGGACACAAGCCAAGCUUUUGACUGUGCGCUUUGUACGGAUGUACUGGCGGACGCCCACGUACAACAUGACGCGCUUUACGAUUGGCCUUUUACUGGCGCUCGUAGCUGGGUUGACGUUCGUCAACGUGGGAUAUACGAGUUACCAGGAUAUCAACGGUGGCGUGGGUAUGGUGUUUGUGACGACGUUGUUUAACGGGGUUGUGUCGUUCAAUGGGGUCUUGCCCAUUGCUUCUGGAGAGCGAGCGGCAUAUUACCGCGAACGGGCUUCUCAGACGUACAACGCAUUAUGGUACUUUGUGGGCUCGACCAUUGCCGAGAUUCCGUACGUGUUUUUCAGCUGUCUCCUCUUUACGGUGAUCUUCUACCCCCUUGUUGGAUUUACAGGCGUUGCCACAGCUGUGUUGUACUGGCUCAGCCUCUCGCUCUUGGUGCUCAUGCAGACGUACAUGGGUCAGCUGUUUGUCUACGCCUUGCCAAACGUCGAAUUGUCGGCGAUUCUCGGUAUGCUCACCAACUCGAUCUUUUUCCUCUUCAUGGGCUUCAAUCCACCCGCGAGUGCCAUUCCACAAGGAUACAAGUGGGUCUACACCAUUACGCCACAGAGGUACCCAGUGUCGAUAUUGAUGGCACUUGUAUUUGCCGACUGCCCUUCACGUCCAACCUGGGAUGCCGACUUGGACACGUAUACGAAUGUUGGCUCGGAGCUUGGAUGUCAGCCCGUCACGAAUCUUCCAGUGACAAUUGGCCAUACUACGGUCAAGGGCUACGUCGAGUCGGUGUUUCACUAUCGACACGAUGAAAUCUGGAGCAAUUUCGGGUACGCGCUUUUAUCGCUGUUGGUCUUGCGACUGCUCGCGUUACUCUCGCUACGAUACAUCAACCACCAGAAGCGAUAA